AUGAAUUCACUCGAAACGAAUAUUGACCCUCGCCGUGCACAUGCAAAAGCCAUUAAAAGUUGCAGAAGCCCCACACCCCAAAACAUCUUCUUCUUCAACAACCUUAUCACCCUUUACUCCAAGUCCAAUCUUCACUCUUCGGCCCUCCACCUUUUCCACUCCAUCCCUUGUCCAAAUACUGUCACAUGGGCUUCCAUAAUCUCUGCAUUCUCCCAUUCUUCCACCGCCUUCCGCCUCUUUCUCUCCAUGCUCCGCCACCCCACCCGUUCGUCCCCCAGUGCACGCACUUUUGCGACGUUAUUCAGAACCUGCUCUUUAUUACCAGAUUAUAUUUUUGGGUUUCAAUUACAUGCACUUGUUGUCAAGUUCUCGUUGCAAGAAAAUCCCUUUACUGGUUCCGGUUUAGUGUCGCUUUAUUGCAAAACUGGGGACGUGGAUUCUGCGGGGAAGGUGUUUGAUGAAAUGUGUGAGAAAGAUGGUGUUUGUUUUGCGGCGAUGAUAAAUGGGUUGGCUCGGAAUCAGAGGCCUAUUGAUGCUUUGAGAUACUUUGUUGAGAUGAGGAGGGAAGAUGUGUUGUCAAAUGCUUAUAGUGUGUCUGGGGCUUUGUGCGCUGGAUCUGGGAUGACCAUGCUCGAGCAAUGCCGGAUUAUCCAUGGACACGCAAUGGUGACCGGGUUGGAUUUGGAUGUGAUAGUAGGGACUGCGUUGAUUGAUGGGUAUGGAAAAUGUGGUGUCUUGGAGGAUGCAAGAAAAGUGUUUAAUGAGUUGGGAAUGGAAAUCAAUCUAGUUGGAUUUAAUGCAAUGAUGGCAGGGUAUGCACAAUAUGGGGAUAAAGACUGUGUGAUUGAGCUUUUCGGCUUGAUGGAGAGUCGAGGAAUGAAACCUGAUGAGUAUAGUUUUUUGGCAGUUUUGACAGCAUUUUACAAUGCUGGUAUGACCAUAGAGACUGAGAGGUGGUUUAAUAAGAUGGAAAUUGAGUAUAAGUUGAAGCCUUGGAUUGAGCACUACACUUGUUUGGCAGGUGCAUUAGGGAGAGCCGGAAGGUUAGAGACGGCGGAGAAAAUUGCUUUGACAAUGCCCUAUGAGCCUGAUGCAGCCGUAUGGCGCGUGUUAUUGUCAAGUUGUAUGAAUCAUGAAAAUGCCAGCAUCGCUUGGAGAAUGAGCGAGAGAUUGCAGGCAAUUGAUCCAAAUGAUGAUUCGGCUCAUGUGAUUUUGGCAAAUGUAUUCGCAAGUGCAGGGAGGUGGGACGAGGUUAAAGGAGUUUGGAAUAUAAUGAAAGAUAGGAAUGUGAAAAAGGAAGUUGGGAGGAGUUGGAUGGAAGUCCAAGGAGCAGUUCACGUGUUCUUUUCCGGAGAUAGAAAGCACGUGAGGAACAAGGAAAUAUAUGCUAAGCUAGCAGAGUUGAUGGAGGAGAUAGAGAAAUUAGGCUAUGUGCCGAUUUGGGAAGAAAUGUUGCACAAUUUAGAGAAGAACGAGAAGAGGGAGAUGCUUUCAUAUCACAGUGAGAAACUGGCUGUUGCUUUUGGGCUGUUGAGUGGGGUUACACCUCCUGGAAAAGCUUUGAGAAUUAUAAAGAAUUUGAGGAUUUGUAAGGAUUGUCAUGAAGCAUUCAAGUAUAUUAGCAGAAUAGUUGAGACGGAGAUAAUAGUAAGGGAUGUUCGUAGAUACCAUAGGUUCUUGAAUGCUACACUGGGAGUAGAAGCUGCCUUGAUAGUCUUCUCCCUAGCCCAAGAACUUGAGCCUUCCCUUCAUCCUCUUCUUUAUGAUCCUAUCAGUUCAGUCAUGGCAAUGAAACGCAUGGAGCUCGACCACCCAGCCUGGAAUACUGACAAAUUUGUGGCUUGGUCUAGUCUACAAAUUCAAUCUUGCUACAUAUUUGGCCUGGAUGCAAAGGGGCUGGUUCAGGUUGAUCCACCCAUAUUGACAACCCUGACUGGAGUUAGGUCCCUUAAAUUCUAA